AAAAGCUGUGCGAGUCAUAUAAAUGAAGACUCUGAUGUUUAAUGACUUUUUUGACAGAUAAGACUUAGUGGGGAUCAUUUUUCAUCACUGGAACCAUUAUUUCAGGUUUGUGUAAUAAUAAACAGCAGACUGGAACCAUAGGGACCAUUAACGGGUAGGGUGAUAGGGUCAUGGCCUGAGGGCUCGUUCCCUGUUCUUCUCAGAGAAAGUAAGAUUACCCUAAACAUUUCUCUUAGUUAUGAACUUAGUUAGCAGUAGUUCACUAUCAGUUAUAGAGUGGCUUUGCCUCUGUUAUGCUAAAAUAAGACCAUCCUGUAUUCAUCCCAUUCUGGGGAAAGUUUUGUUACAGCAACAAGUUCAAUUAAAUUCAAUGUUAUUUGUAUUGCAACAAAUCACAACAUUCCUCAUGCACUAUCUCAAGGCUCCUUAGAUUGUUAUUACAGAGACCCAACAGUUCCUACAAUGAACAAAGACUUGGCGACUGUGGGAAGAAAAAACAGGAGAAGCCUCCAGCAGAACCAGAUUCAGCGUGUGUGACCAUCUGCUGCAUUCAGCAAUGGAUGGUAAAAAUAGAAACAUCAGUAAAAGUAAUACAUAUCUAAUAAUAUAAUAUAACUGUGUGUGUGUGUGUAAUGCAUGCCAUACAUAUUAUACAGUGUGAGCAGAGUUUGUUUCAGGAUUGCACUUAAGAUAUAUUGAAUUUUCACAGAUGGAAAAUGAGUAUUACACAGUGAGAUGAGUCAGAGCUUAGUGAGAUAUAUGUGAUGCGUGCUGCUGCUGCUGCUGAGGUGCAUUCUAAUCGGGUAUAGCUUUUGACAGUGUGUAUUUUCACUGUAUAUUCAGUAGCUUUAGACAGCGACAUCAGCUGAUCGGGUCCACACGGCUCAUACAGUCCACAGUCUCCAGGCAGGAGGAGCUAACGGAGAGAAGCCGCCGACAUCACCGGUCCAUCAGUGGAGCCGAGCAGAGGAGCCUCUCCACCAGGCCAUGAUAGUCAUCAGCCCAAGUCUACGCCUGAUGUCGAGAAUGAAGACAACUCUUCCAUGACCUCCUUCGGUGUUGCCGUCCGAGGCCUCCCUCUGGCCUUGGCGUCCAUGACACAAGCUGCCACCUCCGACUCACGCUUUCACCCAAAAUGGCGGGCGAUCACUGUGGCGACCCUGCUGGGAUUAGUGCUUAUUGUGUAUCUGCACCUGACAGUAGGGGACAGAGACACUCCUACCAGAGGUUACUAUCGCAACAGGGCUCACAGUUUGGAACUGUACAGAGAGGGUCAGGAAGACAUCUUCAGGGACGCUAACAGACAAACUGGCCGUAGCCUUGCUGGCCGUCAGAAAAGGGAAAAGCCUUACAAUGACACUUAUCCGUUAAGUCCACCCGAGAAGACAAGGAACGGCAUCCGGUACCGCAUAGGUGUGAUCGCAGACCUGGACACAGCAUCUCGUAGCUCUAAGGCUCAGACGUGGUUCAGCUACAUGAAAAGAGGAUAUCUGACAGUUUCAGAGAGCGCAGACAGACUGCAGGUGGAGUGGGACGCUGAGACCGUCACCCUGGAGAGUCAUCUGGCUGAGAAAGGACGAGGAAUGGAGCUGUCAGAGCUUGUUGCAUUUAACGGGCACCUGUACACUGUAGAUGACCGUACAGGUGUGGUGUACAGGAUCGAGGGAAACCAGGCUAUUCCCUGGGUAAUAUUAACUGACGGCGAUGGGUCAGUGUCCAAAGGGUUCAAGGCAGAAUGGCUGGCAGUGAAGGACGAGCACCUGUACGUUGGUGGCCUGGGGAAGGAGUGGACCACGACCUCUGGAGAAGUUGUCAACAACAACCCAGAGUGGGUGAAAGUUGUUGGCUACCAUGGCGACGUGGAGCAUGAGAAUUGGGUACCACACUACAAUGCCCUGCGGAGUGCAGCAGGGAUCCAACCACCAGGCUACCUUAUCCACGAAUCAGCAUCUUGGAGCGAGCGUCUCCAGCGCUGGUUCUUCCUCCCUCGCCGUGCCAGCCACGAGCACUACGAAGAGAUCGCAGACGAGCGGCGUGCCACCAACCUCCUGCUGUCCUGCCCUGCAGACUUCAGCUACAUAAGCGUACGGCACGUCGGACCGCUCAACCCCACCCAUGGCUUCUCCUCCUUUAAAUUUGUUCCAGACACAGACGAUCAGAUCAUUCUGGCCCUAAAGUCAGAGGAGGAUGCGGGCAGGAUCGCCACCUACAUCAUCGCGCUCACACUUGACGGCCGUGUGCUGAUGCCCGAGACAAAGAUCGGGGACGUGAAGUAUGAAGGGCUUGAGUUUAUUUGAAAGCGACAGGGCUGAAGGUGCACAUGUUCCUGUAGGCAAACUCUGCAGGGGUCCUUCAUGUCUCAGAUGUUAAAGAACUGAACUAUUUAUAUGCAACACUGUUGUUUUAAGUUUUAAGUAUACAUUCUCAUCUCGGUUCUACUGUGCAAUACCUUAUGACACAAACGUUUAUAUUUCAUAAUUAUAUUACAUGAUGACUGAGAGGUGCAACAGAAGAUAAAAGUGCAGGAGAAAGCCACACAGCCAGGGGAGAACAAAUAAGCUGCAGACCUGUAUGUGACUGAUGUUAGACAGCAGUGACUGUCAGCACACACCAGUCACCACCAAAUAAGAUUUUAAACUAACUUAAGUCAGUGCAGGUAAAAUUAUGGAAGCCUAUUUCUGCCACUUAGUUGAAAAAAAUUGUAUAAAUCAUUAUAAUGAGAAACCUUCUCAAUAUAAUGACUUACUAUCUCAAAAUAACAAGUUCAUAUCCCAAGUUAAUGAGUGUCCCAUAAUUUCACCUUACUAUUUUAUAUUUUAUACUUUUUAAUCUCAUUUGAUUUAGCAUCUUGUUUUGUUUCACUGGUGGAUAUCGGCUUCCUUAUUAAAUAAUACAGUCUCAACAUGGAGUUCCGCAGGACUCACACAUAUUCGAUGUGUUAAUGCUUGACGGUGGGUUUGCCCAAUAUUUUGUGCCGUCGCAAUCAUCUUAACAACAACAAUCACAAUUUCUUUCUUGAGACACACAACAUAGUUAGCUUUCAUGCUAACAUGCUAUGCUAGUUAUCAAUACAAUGCUAAAGAGAAGUAAGUGCAAAUAAAAUCCACAACCAGAUGAACGUACACCAGGGUCACCAGCUGCCUCUGCCUCCUCUUUGAAUUAACAUUAACAUACAAACAGUAUUAAACUGAUUUGAUUGGCUGGUGCCUUCACUGCCACAUAAAAAGUUUAGGGCUACACAACCACACACAGCACGAUAAACAUGUAGCAACAAAACCACAAUGCAGAUCGCCAACGAGUGCCCCACCCACAGCAUUUCCAUAAAAUAUUUCAACACAUACUUGUGAGUCCUGCAUUAAACCUCCUGGUUUGAUGAGACACUUCUGACAUAGAAAGGUUUGCUUAUGUUUCUGUCAUACACCAGAUCAAUGUGGACCUCCUCCACUGCAGCUGAACUCUGCUGGUGGCUAAACACUCAGGGGAACAAGGUGAAACAGCAUGUUCCAAAACAAAUAGAAAUGAAUGUCCUUAAAUGACUUGAAAUAUUGAGCUUAUUCGUUGCUUUUGUAUUUUACUUUGACCUUUUAAGACACUGACGUUUCUCUUAUUAAUUUUGUAUUGAUUUAUAUAUUAAUGGGUACAGCCAUUAUCAUUGUCAUUAUAGCAACCUCUGCUCUGUUAAACAUGAUAAAUUAUUCUGGGCAGGUCCUGCUCAUUUGUUCACUCACAUUUUAAUAAACUGAAUAUUAUCAGCUUUUUAAGCCAGUAGACUGAAAAACCAGCGACUUUAUACAAAGAUAAACAAUUAAUAUAUUCAUUUUGUAUCAUCUGAAAAUACAUAUUAAAAUGUCUUCUUUUCUUUAA